CAGCGCGCUGACGUCAGACGGCGGUCACGUGCCGGGGUGCCCCUCAUUGCUGAUUGGGGAGACCCCUCUCCCGCGCAGCGUGAACAGCCGCGCAUGCGCAGCGCCGCCUUCUCUGCCGACCGUUAGCCGUGUCUCCGCUAAAACACAGGAACUAUGGAUGACAACCUUGAUUUCACCACCGGCGAUGCUGGAGCAUCUUCCACCUUUCCUAUGCAGUGCUCCGCUCUGCGAAAGAAUGGAUACGUGGUUCUGAGAGGGCGUCCCUGCAGGAUUGUUGAAAUGUCAACAUCCAAGACUGGCAAGCAUGGGCACGCUAAGGUUCACAUGGUUGGCCUUGAUAUAUUCACUUCAAGGAAGUAUGAAGAUAUCUGCCCCUCUACCCAUAAUGUGGAUGUUCCCACUGUGAAGAGAAAUGAUUAUCAGUUGAUUGGAAUUACAGAUGGCUACCUCUCUCUGAUGACGGAUAAUGGUGAGGUGCGUGAGGAUCUUAAGGUGGCGGAAGGUGAUUUGGGAAAGGAAAUACAAAAUAGAUACGAAGCCGGAGAUGAUGUAAUGAUCACUGUUCAGCACGCCAUGAACCUUGAGGCUGCCGUUGCCGUCAAGCUCAUGGCCAAACAGUAAACUGGCAUCGGGAAGCCGGUACUGACCACUCAGGCCAAAAUCUUGGAUCUAAAUUGGAUUAAUUAUUGCCAAAGCAAUGGCCUUCACAACACGACCUAAUUUACUUCAAAUUAUUUUGCAGACUGUGCCAGGCAGAUCUGCCCUAUCAGCUCUCCCCCCUGUCGUCUCUGCAGGCUGAUUGGCAUUGUACUAAAUCACGGCUGUUGGUGCUCCCAAAUAAAAGCUUGAUGUAAAGUUCACCCGAGUUGGUCCUCUUUGUUGUAGAGCUGGCCUGUAGAAUGAAUACUUACAGCCACAUGCCUUGUGAUUUUCUCUGCCCUUCCGCCCUGCAUCUGAGGAUCUUCGCAACAUGGGUCGAGCAGCCAUGAGCUAGCAAGCAGUAUUACCUCGGUUAUAGUCCCAUUGCUCAUUAAGCAUUAUUUUAAGGCUGUUCAUCUUGUAAAUCUCCAUUAUUACAAUGCUGAUGCUUGUCCUGGAUGUAUGCCCCAAAUGUUUUAUGCAGGUAUUAUAAAAAUGCUGAUGUGAAUCUGGGGACCAGGUGUUGGGUGGGGUGUGAGUGUCAUGCUGCGAAAUUUCACUUGAGGCCUUUGUCACCAGACUAAGAAAACAAAAUAAAAUAUUUGGUUGCUUAUUUUAUUGUAUUUAUCAUGCAAUUAUAUUAAAAUGAGUGAAGCAUUUUCGUGGAA